AUGUCGAAUAGGAGCAGAGGAUGUAAAAUCGAGCGUAUCUUUGCAGAAGUAACGUCUACUGGACUGAGUAUGAAGCAUCUUCUAAUUCUCGUUGCUCUUACCGGAAUUACACUGGCAUGCAGUGGUAAGAUGCAGGAUAACAACGAUGAAAAGCAUAUGCCAGGGCCGCCAGGUCCACCAGGACCAGCUGGGCCACCUGGACCAGCGGGGCCGCCAGGGCCACUAGGGCCACUCCUUCCACCAGGGCCAAGAGCGCCAGUAGAGCGAAGACGAUUCCGAAGAGACACCAAGAGCUUUCGUUUCGGACGUCCUAUGACUUUAUUUUACAAUGAAUCACUUAGUAUUCCUAAGAAAAAGCAAUUAGGUGAUAAUGAGACACGUAAGCAGAAGCGAGCGGUGAUCGAUCAGGUGCUGGAAGGCAUCCAGAACAAUUCAAGUGCUGACAUGAAUUCUCGCAGUGUAGCAGCUCUCUGA